CAAAAGUCCCAAAGUCGCAGAGUCGUCGCCCCGUCUUUUGGGCUAUGGCUCUUGAAAGUCGUCACAGCCAGUGUCGCCAUUAAUUUGGCUGGGCCAAUAUCACCCCGGUAGAGCAGAUACACGAAGCCCCUGAAUCUACAGAUCUGUUUUUGUUCUCUCGAAUCUCCAUCCCCAAAUCACUCCUUUUGUACUGAAGCAUUGAUCAAUCAACAUUCAAGAUCAAGACCAGCAUCAACUAUCACCGCCGCCGACUACCAGUUACCACGACUCUCCCACUGACGGCAAAAUCCAUUGUCCUCUCCGGCGCCUGUGACAAGACGAGAAGUACUACGCUUCGAAGGUGAUCAAAUGCAAGGACGGAUCGAAAUCGUUUAGCAGGGACCGCAUCAACGACAAUUUCUGCGACUGUCCAGAUGGAACCGAUGAGCCUGGAACAGCAGCUUGUCCAACAGGCAAAUUUUAUUGUAAGAAUGUCGGAAGUACACCUCAAUUUUUGUUUUCUUCUCGUGUGAAUGAUCAUGUUUGCGGACAAUGGAAUAUGGAUCAACAACUGAUCCAGGAUUCAGGGAUGUGAAAGUAAGUCAAAUAGGAGUUACAGUUACCUCAGAGGAUUCAACUAGGAAACUUACAGGUUUGAAGGCACUGAUAAUUAUACAGGCAAUUCUCAUCAGUUUCGUGGUGGCUUUCCGGUUAUUAUACCGGUGUCUCAGAUUGAGAAAACGACGUUCUCGAAUAAGUUUUCCUUGACCUUCUAAUCUUUGAUAUAUCAUGGUCUAAGUUUUCACGUGCUGCUUUUUGAUUGUAUCUUGCUGUACAUGAUCAUCGAUCAGUAAAUCAAAUUUAGAAGAUGGCGAUUCCAGUGACAAAGAUUUGUCCUUCUCUUUAUCAUUUUCAUCAACUUUUUCUCCAGUUUUCCAUUCGGUCAAUCACUACAUUGCCAACAUUAGAAGAAUCUGUCAGGGCAGCAGUUGAAGCCAAAGCAUACCAGCAAAUACCUGAGAUUCUCAUUACCUCCAAAAAGACUUGCCAAAACUCAAAUCCAUUCUUGUUCCUCUCCACCUUCCCUCAGCACCACAGGGUCCAAGUCAUUGAUGAAAUUUUACAAUCAUUUGUCCCGCUCAGACCUCGUUCUCGCCCUCAAUUUGCCUAUGCUUACCUGCUUUCAUACUGCCUUCAAAGCCCUAAUCCCUUUCCUCUUGCACUUGCCAUUCUUCAACGGACUCUACGCACUGGCUGCAUUCCUGUCCCCCAAACUCACCUUCUUCUUUCAACUGCAUGGCUUGAGCAAAGGCGCCAAUCUCAAUCUGUCUCAAACAUAUUGCUGGGGAUGCAAUCAAUUGGAUAUCGUCCUGAUAGUGGUAUGUGCAAUUACCUUAUUUCAUCGCUCUGUGCUGUCGACCAAUUGACAGAGGCAGUUGAAGUCUUGAAGGGCAUGAAUAUGGCUGGAUGUGUUCCCAACUUGGAAAGUUAUGAUGCUGUAAUUAGCGCAUUAUGUGCAGUCAGAAGAACCAAAGAUGUUGCAGAGAAGAUGAAAGAAAUGGUGAAAAGAAUUGGACUGACACCCAGGCAGGAAACAGUAGUGAAAGUUGUCAGGGCAAUGAGGGCAAAGAGAGAUAUCUGGGGAGCAGUUGAGAUGAUUGAAUUCUUGGAGAAGGCAGGUUUCCCUGUGGGGUUUGAAAGCUACGAGCUAGUGGCUGAAGGUUGCUUGGAGUGUUGUGAGUUUGUUUUGGCAGGCAAGGUCGUAAUGGCUAUGGCAGGAAGGGGAUUUAUACCAUAUAUUAGGGUGAGGUUGAAGGUGGUGGAGGGUCUUACUGGUGUUGGUGAGCAUGAGCUUGCCUCUGCUUUGAGACAGAAGUUCCUAGAAUUGAAAUCUUAGCUUCUCCUGUAUCAUUUAGGUUGUGGUCUUACAAAUAAAAAGCUAAGGUUGCAGGCUGUAGAAUGGUAUCCCCUAGAGUAACUAAUCAGGAGAUGGGAUCAAAAUUCCAUUGUAUUAACAUAAACAGUUUCUGUUAUAUUAUGUGAAAAGAUUUGAUCCAUUUAUGGCCACAUAAGCUGAAGUUUUGGUGGGAAUAAUACUUCGAUGUACGCUUCUGGUUGGUGUUUCCUUAUUCUAUACAGCUAUAGAUUUAGUAGCCUUGGCCAUUUUAACU